AUGACUACGGCAGAGCUGCGAAAGAUUUACGACAAUGAACGCCAAAAGCGGCUUCGUCCGGAAGGCGUGGACCAGUACGUCGAUUUUCGCGACCCUGCCAUCGGGGACAAGCUGGGGCGAGAUCCGUGGGUAGACUACGACCACGUCCUCGCCCACAAUACCUCUCUAAGAGACAAAUCAUCAAUCAAGUUCACCAUCAUUGGCGCCGGUCAUGCAGGUCUGCUUUACGCAGUGCGCCUUAUCGACGCCGGCUUCAAGGCAGCAGACAUCGUCAUCGUGGACACGGCUGGCGGGUUCGGCGGAACUUGGUACUGGAACCGAUAUCCCGGGCUCAUGUGUGACGUUGAGGGGUAUGUUUACAUGCCACUACUUGAGGAAACCGGCUAUGUGCCAGAGAACAAGUAUUCAUACGGCGCCGAAAUUCGUGGGCAGUGCGAGCGGAUUGCCUCUCAUUACCAGCUCCAGAGCCAGUUCUGUACGCAAGUCACCCACCAACAUUGGGACGACACGAAACGCCGCUGGUUCAUCGAAAUGACUCAAGAUCGCGGUCCAGGCAAUACCUCUGUUCACUUCAAAAUCGAGACGCAGUUUUUGAUCGCGGCUGGUAGCGGACUCAAUGUGCCACAUGUUCCAAAGCUGCCUGGCUUCCGGGAUCUUUUAAACACAACCAAGGUCUUCCAUUCUGCCCGAUGGGAUUGGCAAUAUACCGGUGGCAGCCAAUCUCAACCCGAUAUGGUGAACCUCCGAGGCAAGAAGGUUGGCAUCAUCGGCACAGGUGCCACCGCCAUUCAAAUAGUGCCGCAGCUUGCUCAAUGGGCAAGCCAUCUUUACGUCUUCCAGCGCACCCCUAGCUACGUUGGCCCACGAAAUCAGCGCCGGACGACACCCGAGGAGUGGGAGAAGGUGGCGUAUAAGAAGGGGUGGCAAUACGAAAGGCAGGACAACUUUAACCAUUUUGUCACAAACGAUCCGGUUCAGAACAACCUGUGCAACGAUGGAUGGACAGCGCCGGACUCCCACUCAGUUGCCGGUUUCAUAGGCAGCUCUUCAAAGCUUGUCACGCCAGAGACAAUAGAAGAGCACAUCGACUCCAUGUACAAGAUGGACACGGAACGAGGAGAGCGUCUGCGUGCUCACAUAGCCAACACAGUCAAGGAUAAAGCUACUGCCGAGAAGCUGAAGCCGUGGUAUGGUGGUUGGUGCAAGAGACCGGCUUUUCACGACGACUACUUGAAGUCCUUCAACUUGCCCAACGUCACCCUUGUUGAUACUGACGGGAAAGGAGUCGACGAUUUUACCGCAAACGGGGUUGUCGCAAAUGGGACUCUGUAUGACUUGGAUCUUCUGGUGUUGGCUACGGGGUUUACUAUCAGUGGCCCCCCGUCACCAUCAGCCCAGUUGAAUGCUCCUGUGAUCGGGCGGAACGGAGUCGAUGUUUCACAGAAGUGGGGGUCUCCAGAAUACGGGACUUUCUACGGUGCUUGCUCCGCCGGAUUUCCCAACGCCUUUUUCAGCGGUAUUCCAGGCGGCGGUGUCUCAUACAACUUGACUUCUGCUUACGACGUUGCGGCCACAUUUGUGGCCAACGCAGUUGCUGUGGCGCACAGGGAAGCCGGAGAGGCCAGCAACCUGCUGGUCAUUGAGCCGUCCAAGGAAGCCGAGGACCGCUACACAGAUGAAGUGCAAAAGAGAGCCUUGUGGUUCACUGCUUUGGCGACUUGUACCCCGGGUUGGUUCAAUGGAGAAGCCGAUGGGGCGCUACGAAAGCAGACACCCGAGGAGCAGGCUGCUCGAUCGAGACGAGUCCAUUGGGGCUCGGGUAUUCUUGACUUCAAGAAGAGGGUUUCGGAGUACAUCUCCAAGGGAACCCUAGAAGGUUUUGAAGUGAGAACUUGA